AAUAAAUUACAUUGCACUGCAUAAAAUACGGAAAAUUGAAAGCAAAAGAAGGCUUAUAAUAAUAGUAGGACCACGUAAUAAUACACAUCUACAUACAUAAAAAAAAAUUAAUAAUCAGAAUAUGCUUAAAGAAAAGAAUAUUCCUAAAAUGGACUUAUAAUGGUGGUCAGGUCGGGGCUUCGGUCACUCAAGGAACCAUGUAGAUUGUAGGCCACCUAGCAUUUCGAUUCCCAACCACGAACCCCACCCGAUUUGGAGACAAUUGUAAAUGCAAAAUCGUUUAACCAAGAAAAGUUUAUUCUUGAUAAAAAUGAGAAAUAAAUCCUUUGGCUUUAUUUUCGGAAGGAAAAUAUAUAUAAUAUGAGAUAAAAUUUCGGAAAACCAUUUUCUCUUACUUUUUCCCAAAAAACAAAAAAACCUUAAAAAAAGGAAAGUCAGGAAAACAAGGAAAAAAUGUUUCGUCUUCUCUGAACUUGCCGACGAGAUCCAUUUCCAUCUCUUCCUAUUCGUUCCUUCAUCAUCGUCUUCAAAUCUCUACCCUCGACGCCGCGGCCGCCUUUGUUUCCUUCACGACUUCUGCCUCUUCAACGCUCUUUUUGCUUUCAUUGACGGUGAGGCAUCGGUUUUUUUGUCGAAUGAUUUUGAGCACUCUGAUUUUGAAGGGGAUGAAACAAGCCACCUAUUGAUGUUGAAUGGAAAUGAGAUAAUUUCAAUAUUUUGCAAUGAAAAAAGCCUUUAGUUUUCAUGUGGCUUCUCUUUAAUUUCAAUAAAUUUCAUUUUUUGAUUGAUUCCCGAUUCCAAAGGCAUAUUCGUGAAUGAGUAAUUUUCCUUUGGGUUGUCUUUAAUCUCAAUAUUUUCACUUUUGACUGAUUCCUAAUUCCAUAGCCAUGGUCUUUGCAGUGCUUUGGUUGGAACUGAUGUCUGGUUUUUGAAUUUAGGUGUUUUAAUCUCCUAGUCCUAUUCAUAGGUUUUGCAAUAUCCCAUAAGUUAUUAUUGGUGGUUUUUCUGUUUCUCCUUUCAUGUGGAACUAAUGGCUUUGAGUUAAGGGUCUAAUUUUCGGGUUUGUAUGGGGAAUUAGAAGGAAAAUUUUUUCUACAUUGAGUUGCCUUGGGGAAACAAUGUUGACACAGUAGUAAAACACUGCUUAUAUAAAUAGGAAGAACAAAGGGUCAAUUUGACAACUGAACAAAAAAUUGUAGUAGGACUUGAAUAAUGUAAAAUGUAAGUGAGGCCAAAGAAAAGAAAGGAGGAAUUUUCUUUCUUAUUUUCUUUGUCCUCCAGGCAAGAUGAAGAGGUUUAUUUUCCUUCAUAUUUGUUCUUUCCCUUAAAAUUUCCAUGAACCAUACAGAGCUUAAGAGAAAUAUGGGAGAAGGAGAAAUCCUAGAACAAAGAAGAUCCCUGGCAGCUCCUCUCAUCUUUUUCAUUUUCAUCAUCUUCCAAUUUGCCACCAAAUGGCUCCAUGAUUUAAAGAAGGGAGCAUCCAAGACUGACAAAGAAAUCCAGCUUCGCGGAGAGAUUAAGCAGCUUUUGAAAGAGGCUGCCUCCUUUUCACAGCCGUCUACAUUUGCACAAGCCGCUAAGCUUAGGAGGUUGGCUGCUGCCAAGGAGAAGGAACUUGCAAAUUAUCAGGUGCAACAGAACAAAGAGGUGAAGCUGUCUUAUGAUUUGUAUCUAAAAGUUUUGUUCAUCUUAAAGGUCAUAACUCAUGCUUUGCUAAUCUUCUGGUUUUGGAGGUCUCCUGUUGCUUCUGUAUCUCAGCAACUUGUACAACCCUUUGGGAAGGUGUUAUCCUGGAAGACUGGGGGUUCUUUAAACAACAAUGUCAUGGUUGGGAUCAUACCCUGGUUGAUAUUGUGUACAAGGGUUACCAAGUUUGUUUGUCGAGUCGUGGAGCAGAACAAAGGGCUUAACUAACGAUAUGCUUUUGGAUGCUAUGCUUCUUGGAUUCGUGAACAACGUCCUGUGGGAUGUAGUUUUGAUUUUGAAGUUGUGAAUUAACAUGAUUUGUAAAAUUUAUUCAUUCAUUUUAUUUAUCAAGAAACAAAAGUGCGAAAUUUUGAUGA